AUGUUCAUAUUUAUUUUAUUACAAUUCAAAAUGCCAGCACCGCCAGUGAGUGCGUUGUCCCAAUUGAAAACAUUAGAUUCAAAUUUGGUAAUACUGAUUAGAAAUCGUAUUCUUGCCGAAGUUAACCAAAAUCCAAAUCUUUAUGAGCCUGAAGAUUUGGAACAAAUCAAAAAAAAUGAUUGGCAAAUUCAACGUUUUCUGUUGGAAUGUAAGUUGGACACGGACCAAUCCUACGAACUGCUUCGAAACUCCAUGAAAUGGCGUCGAGAGGAAGGUAUUUAUCAAAGUUCGCUGGUAGAUUUCCCAGCAGAGUAUUACCAGAGUGGUUAUAUUUUUCGCCAUGGUCGUGAUAAAAAUGAUGCUAUCGUUCUUUAUUUUCGUGCCAACAUUCAUCGCAAAACAAAUGAAUGGAAUUCCAGAUUGAAAAAAUUUUUCAUCUAUCAAGUUGAGCAAAUUGAUCGUGAUUGUGAUGGUAAAGGCGUUACAUUAGUAAUAGAUUGCUCAAAUAUUGGGGUAUCGAAUGUUGAUAUGGACAUGUUGAAAUUUAUUGUAACAUCAUUUUCAAAAUAUUAUCCUAAAUUAUUUGAUGCAAUCAUUAUUCAUCAGUUGCCGUUUUUGUUGCAAUACAUAUUUAAAUUAAUACAAACAUGGCUACCCGAAGAUGAUAGGAAAUUUUUUCAUAUGACCAACAAGAAAACGUUGACCGAUUUCAUAGAUCAAAGUCAGUUGCCAUCAUUUUUGCUGAAUAUCGAUGUACCCAAUGAACAAUGGCGUUUAUUGCCAGCCACAACUAAUUCUAUGGGUCCGAUUUUACCUGCUGAACAAUUCGUGCAACAUUAUGGAUCGAAAUUUGAUUUGAACAAUCCAAACGAUAGUGAAAAAUUGGGUUAUCUAAAAAAUUAUAUACAAUAAUAAUGAUGAUUAUGAUUAAUUGAUUAAAAAUCCAUAUUAAUUUUGUUGGA